AUGCCGAAAUAUUACUGUGACUAUUGUGACACCUACCUAACGCACGAUUCGCCCAGCGUCCGGAAGACACACUGCACCGGCCGCAAGCACAAGGAUAAUGUGAAAUUCUACUACCAGAAAUGGAUGGAGGAGCAGGCGCAGCAUCUCAUCGAUGCGACGACGGCAGCGUACAAAGCUGGCAAGAUUGCCUCGAACCCGUUCACUACUGGGCCACCGAAACCGAACAUUUCCAUUCCUCCGCCGACGAUGAACUUGCCGCCCAGGCCGGGCAUCAUUCCCGGCAUGCCGGCGGGAGCACCGCCACUGCUGAUGGGACCGAACGGACCACUGCCGCCACCGAUGAUGGGAAUGCGUCCUCCGCCGAUGAUGGUACCGACGAUGGGUAUGCCACCGAUGGGAUUAGGGAUGCGACCACCGGUAAUGAGUACCGCACCGCCACAGCUUAACCCGAAAAGCUAA